AAUUUUUCAAAAAAUAUGGAAAUAAUAACCAAUUUAAAACAGCUUUUCAAUGAUCAUUAUACAUAUGAUGUAGUAUUGCGUAUAGAUGGAAAGAUUUAUUUUGCACACAGUGUUAUAUUAAAAUAUCAAUCAGGAUAUUUUUUGGAAUAUUUCGAUAAGAGUGAUAAAAUGAAAAAAGGAAAUUAUUACAUAGAUUGUUCUUGCUUGAUUAAUAAUCGUAUAGUGAUAAAAAAUUGGUAUGAUAUUAUUGAUAAAGAAGAAGAGUAUAAAGAAGAAAAAGAUAAAAUUGAAUUUUAUUAUGAUUAUGAAAUAUUUGGUAAAUUUCUAUCAUACUUCUACGGUUGGCCAGUUUAUGUAAGAACAAAUGAGCAAUUAUUCACAAUUGCAUAUUUAGCAAAGAAAUUCAAAGUAACAGGAUUAACAAAGAUGAUGGACGGUUUAUUAAAAUAUUUACCAACAACUUGGCAACAAAAUGAUAUUGAAAAUUGGAAAAUUACUUUAGAUAUUUGUAAAUGGCUUGAACUUGAACAAACUCAAUUAGAGAUUACGAAUUAUUUAAAAAAAAAUGAAGUAGGAUUAAAUAAUAUAAAAAUAAUAUUUGCUCAGAAGAAAAGAAAAAGGGAUGAAGAAGAAAACGGUAAAUUCUGAUUUUUGGAUAGAAAAUACAGAAAAUGCGGGAUAUUUUUUAAAUAUAUAGCAGAAAAUUUUUUUUUAUGAUUUUUUGUAUAAUUUUAUCGAUUUUAUCGCUAAUAAUUGCAUUUUAACCGCUCUAUAUUAUGUAUUACUGUUUUUUAUUACAAUUUUACAAAAAAA